AAAAGAAAAGAAAAGGAAAGAAUCCGUUGGUGUUCUUGAAUAGAAGCCAAAAAAAAAAGUGUAAUCUUGUUUACUUUGGUUCUUGUCUCUUACUUUCUCUCUCUCUCUUUUACUCCUUUAGACCAAAUAAAUUAACUGAUACAUAUAUACAUACAUACCCCAUUGCCCAUUUCCAUUGCAUUUUGAUAUUCACAGAUACAUAAUAAUGAGUUCAUCCUCAGCUCAGAAUUCUGGCCAUGAUCUUUCUUUCAAGAUCUUGUUGAUUGGUGAUUCUGGUGUUGGAAAAAGUUGCUUACUUGUCACUUUCAUUUCCAAUUCUUCUGUUGAAGAUCUUACACCUACCAUUGGUGUUGAUUUUAAGAUCAAAACACUCACUGUUGGUGGAAAAAGAUUAAAACUUACUAUUUGGGACACUGCUGGGCAGGAAAGGUUCAGGACUCUAACAAGUUCUUACUACAGAGGAGCACAAGGAAUCAUUCUAGUUUAUGAUGUCACAAGGAGAGAAACCUUUACAAACUUAUCAGAAGUAUGGUCUAAGGAAUUGGAACUCUAUUCGACUAAUCAGGAGUGCGUGAAGAUGCUAGUUGGAAAUAAAGUUGACAGAGAUUCUGAAAGGGCUGUCAGCAGAGAAGAGGGCCUAGCCCUUGCUAAAGAAUUGGGGUGUUUGCUUCUUGAAUGUAGUGCUAAAACUCGAGAAAAUGUGGAGAAAUGCUUUGAAGAACUCGCUCUAAAGAUAAUGGAAGCUCCUAGUCUAUUGGAAGAAGGAUCAACAGCAACUAAAAGGAAUGUUUUAAAACAGAAACAAGAUCCACAAGCAUCUCGAAAUGGUGGCUGUUGCUCUUAAAAUUCUGCAGUGUGAACAGUUUGGACAAAUCCUCUUAUCCUGUAUAUGUGAGAUUCUUCGGUAGUUUUUUACUGCUGCCGGUGUCUUUUGGUUGCUCAAUUACUUGAAUGCGGAAAUUGGCAACAAUGACGCGUAUUAGGUUGUGUAAAUUUGUUUGCCUGUGAUGAAUGAUGUAUCAUUUGUGUGUUGCUCCCAAAGUCAAUAUGAUAAUCAUACUUGCACAGUUGUUUAAUCAUAAACUUAUACAAACUAUAUAACAUAUCUUUGUUUAAA